AUGACGGUGCGUAAGGGAAAAAAAAUAAGUGUCAAAAUCACCAUCUCCAUCCAGGAACACAUGGCCAUAGACGUCUGUCCCGGCCCCAUACGACCAAUUAGACAGAUCUCUGCCUAUUUCCCUCGACUCUCCCCGACUGCUGAGCCUAUCUCUCCUAACCCUGCUUCUCCAUUGGCUCUCAGCCCGGAGGUUGGGGCCUCUGGAGGAACGAGCAGAAGUCUCUUGUCCCCCCUGCAGGCCGGGGCCAGAGGAGGGGGUGGGACUCUGUCAGCAGCAAGCAGCAUUGAGACAUCGGUGGACAUCUGCAGUUCAGACAGCGAUGACAGUACUGCACUGGGGACGUUAGAAUUUGAACUGAGGUAUGAGAGAGCAACCAGUUCCCUCCACUGUACCCUCAUCAGAGCCAAGGGUUUGAAACCUAUGGAUUUUAAUGGCUUGGCAGACCCUUAUGUCAAACUUCAUCUUCUACCAGGAGCAUGUAAGGCUAAUAAACUGAAAACCAAAACUGUACGUAAUUCUCUAAAUCCUGUUUGGAAUGAGACUCUCACUUACAUUGGCAUCACAGAGGAGGACAUGCUCAGGAAGACUCUGAGGUUAUCGGUGUGCGAUGAGGAUAAACUGACUCACAAUGAGUUUAUUGGAGAGUCUCGUGUGGCCCUGCGACGUGUGAAACCAGACCAGACGAAACGUUUCUACACCUGUUUAGAACAUCCACCACCUCUUCCCUCUCCUACAGCCAUGGGAGCAGCACUGCGAGGGAUGUCCUGUUACCUACGAGAGUGGGAGAACGAACAGUUGACAAGUUUGGAAGAGAGGGGUCGCCUGUUGCUCUCCCUGCAGUUCCUGCCCCCACCUGCAGAGGGCGAAGCAGAAGGCCGGCGAGGGGGCCUGUACGUCGGAGUGCUACGCUGUGCCCAUCUGGCAGCCAUGGAUGUCAACGGCUUCUCAGAUCCCUAUGUGAAAAUAUACCUGAAGCCAGAUGUGAAGAAGAAAUCCAAACACAAAACGGCAGUGAUUAAAAAGACCCUUAACCCAGAAUUCAAUGAGGAGUUCUUCUAUGAGAUCUCUCUAUCCGAACUGGUCCAUAAGACACUGGAGGUCACAGUAUGGGACUAUGAUCUGGGAAGAUCUAACGAUUUCAUAGGUGGCGUGUGCCUGAGCUGUCAAGUCCAAGGAGAUGCUCUUCGCCACUGGAUGGACUGCUUGAGGAACAAGGGUCAAAGGGUGGAGCGCUGGCACAUUCUGGCCAAUGAGCUGCCUCAGACCACCUGCCAUGACUGAGGAAGAAUCCUGCCAGGAACGAGGAAAUCAGUCAUGAUAGGUUAAUGGAUUUGAUUGAUAUGAGGUGGACAUGGAGAUAAUUAUAUGUGCUAAGUAGGGGCCAAGAUGUUGGAAGUAAAUUACACUCUUUGUCCUGUUUAAAAGGAGAGUGGAGGAUGGGCCACCAGUUGUCUUCUGACUUGGUGUCACUCAAAGCGAGUCCCCGCCCCUUUCACCCAAUUCUCUUUCGCACGCUCAUUGCUGCACGUUUUCUACACAUUUUGUAACGUUGAAGUGUAUUUUACUCUAAUGAAAUCUUGUGUAGCACAAUUCUCUUUUUUGAUUACAAUGUAUAUUGCAAUGUUCAGUGCUUUCGUAAUGCUUGCAGACACCGCAUCUUUAAUAAUAUACGGGGGUGCAUGUAAACUGCCUGCCAUUAAUGCAUCAAAGUGAUAAACACAUGGUACCGCCAUUACAACAUGGGAAGGUCCAUAAAGGCUUGUCCUCUCAAUGUUUCCAAUCAUAUUUGAAACAAAUACAAUUUCAUCAGGAGCAGGUUUCUGUGUACUGCUAACAAAUAGACUAUCCAUUUUGUAGCAUGAUGCAAUGUUUACAUUUUUUUUUUACUUUGCACCAACUGUGUUUUCCAAGGUCUCAAAUUUGGCAGUUUAUAAUUUCCAGUUGUUACUUUUCUUUAAAAAGGGGUUUUAUGGACAUGCUACAAUUUGAUAUCGCGUACGUUAAUUACUUGAUAUAUUUUUGGAAUCAAAUGUUUAUAUGUGCCGUAUACUAGGACUAUCUGGAGUGCGUCUGCAUGCGUCUGCGUGUGUGUCGUCUGGUUGUUUUGUACCAAAAUAAGUGCUGUAUUCUUGAGGGUUUGUGGUUUACAUUUCUAUAAGUGCUUAUGUACAAAUUGGAAAUACAUUUGAAAUGCAUUGCUCUUUAAGAUGUGCGUCAUUUCCCUGCAUCCUCUUGAAGCGAGCUUAGAAACCUCUUAAGAAUUACAAUUCGCAAUCGCUCCAGCAUGCAGAACAUCAUGGCACACCACCAACAUAUAAGCACACUUCAUCUGAUUGAUCUCAUUCGCAAAGGCUUCAUUCUGGGAGUGACUGUGGUGUUGUUCAUGCUGUUGUGGAUUUGGGGAUCUUUCCACCAGUAAGCAAUAAGAUACUCUCUAAAUGGGAUUCCAAACCAAGAUAAUAUCAGCCUUUCUUACUGUGAAAAACCACUGAACUGAUUCUGUGGUUCUUCGAGAUGCAUCUGGUAGAUUAUGUGUUCAAUGAGUAAAUGGUAAUUAGACAGCCACUUAACAGCAGACCACAGUGAGGUAAAAGUGUCAGUGUCACUGUAUCUGGCCCAGGGCAUUGCCGCUAUCAUCAUGCAGCCUGGCCCUGUUCUGGGCGAAUCCCCAGCAGUAAACAUUUUGGAUGUCUCCUUUAUCUGACACAACCAUUUCAAGUUUUGGAGAUGAGUUUAAUUAGGUGUGUUUGAUUAUAUCAUUUACUCGCACAAUUGAUAAAGUGUAUUAGAUCUUGGCAAAACUGAAAAAAGUCAUUAUAUAAAAGUCUUUAUUUAUUUAUUAUAAAAAUCUCCAUGAGUUGAGUUAAGGUUGGGGGGGGUGCUGAGGAGGUGAACGAAAUUAAGAAAUAUCUCGAUUUUUAGUUGUUUGGCUUAUUUUGAUGCUUGAUUUGGCUUGUUUUACAUAAUUUUAAGUCAUCUGAGGCCCCCUUAAAUGUUUCCUGAGGCCCUCUAGUAGGCCCUGCCCCCCUUGUUAAGAAACACUGAGCCUUAAAAACUAUUAUUAGGUACUUUAUCUAAUAAAUUAAGAUUAUCUCUCAAGUCACAGUGAUUGUAACUUUUUUUAUUCACAUAAAAGCAUUCCUUAAUCAUUUAACCACCCACAAGUCAUUCCAAUCCUGUAUGAUGUUCUUUUUAUGUGGAGAUAUUUAGCAGAAUGUCGAAGCUGCUGUCAUCCAUAUAGUGAGAGUGGAUGGGGAUCAGGGGAUGUCAGGCUCCAAAAAACACAAACAAACACAAUAAAAGUAUCCUACCUAUACAUCUCAUUUGCUAUAUUGUGAGCCUUUUAGUGCCAUAUGAUUGCUUACAGUCCAAAAUUUAAAGCAUUCACUGAAAAUUUGACCUUAUCUGACCACAGAAGAAAGUCAGUCAUACAGGUUCGGAACAGUAUAUGGGUAGGUGAAUGAUAAGAGAAAUUCUAUUAAAAUUCUCAAUUGAGUGAAACAAGGCCUUAAAGCAGUGGUACUCAACCAGUGUUUUCCACAAACUAUUUAGACAUUGUUGUAGACAGUGGGGGGCCUUGGAGUAAAAAAGGUUGAGUACAAAAAGAACACUGCCUUAAAACUUUUGUAACAGAAAAAUCUAAUCUGAAAACUCUGUAAAACUCUAUCCAUUAAUCAUCUACUACAUGAAAA